CCGGGAAAAUGUUCGAGACACGUAGCGACAGCUCGUCCCCUGUGUACAGUCAACUGUCACCAAGUCAAUCGCAUUAUGAACAAUCGUCCAAGUUGAUGGACUUGACCAACAAUUCUGGUGAAAAGUAUGUUAGUUCAGUGAUACCCCACCAACAAGACGAGUAUGUAGUGUUUAACGGUUACAACCCUUACCCUCCGUAUCCUUAUUACAACGAGUACGAUGACAGAAAAGUGCCUUCUCCAGCUUACAACAAUUUGGAGUAUACACAAGCGUACAUCAAGCAAGAACCUGUUGAAGACCCACCGAUGUUGAAGACGCGGACCAAUAGCAGGAAAAGAAAGAAUACAGACGGUGACGUAGAAAACUCCUACAGCAAAUCCAAGUCCAGAAGAAAAGCUGCACAAAGUUACGAGGACCUUCAAACACAACGAGUAAUGGCAAAUGUCAGAGAAAGACAAAGGACGCAAAGUUUGAACGAAGCAUUCGCAAGCUUAAGAAAGAGUAUACCAACGUUACCGUCGGAUAAGCUAUCUAAAAUUCAAACUCUGAAGUUGGCAGCUAGGUAUAUAGACUUCUUGUACCAGGUGUUGUCGACGUCGACUCCUGAGUUACCUGGUGAUGGAGAUGUGCUGGGAAAUGUUUGUUCGUAUACGGCGCAUGAGAAGUUGUCCAGGGCGUUCAGUAUGUGGAGAAUGGAGGGAGAUUGGAACACGCAAUUAUAGCAGGAGUGAGCGAUGAAACUGCAUUUCUGUGUAAAUGAAACUGCAUACCUGUGUAAGACAUCUACUGAAAGCAGGGAACAAUUUUCGUGCACUAUGCGACGGAAAGUCGCAUUAGUUUGAGCCAGGUUACCAAGAAUUUAUGUAUGUACUUAAAUGCCUAGUGAUAUUCAUGUAUACUUCUGUAGUAUUCGCACUAUUUUCAGACAACCUACCUUCAUUUACCAUCAAAGUCACCUCUACAAGCACACGGUCGACAAAGAGUCAUAAAACCUGAUUUGUUCAAACUUCCGGUCACCAAAGUUGCUAGUUAUACAAGGUGUCCAAUUAAUACCACAACAAACUUAAGGAGAAUAUAGGCUUUGAACUGAUCUCCCAAAUUACAAAAACUUACCAUUACAAAAGUUUCACCGUU